UCUCUGUUCUCCAGCAUGGCAUGUCUGUGGUUCCCUAGAGGCUUAUCAAUGGCAGCUUUAAUGGUGAUACUGAUGAUGCUGAGCUCUCCCCUGGCUUGGGCUAGAGACACCCCAUCUCAUUUCGUGCACCAGUAUAAGGCCGAGUGUCAUUAUUCCAACGGGACGGAGCGGGUGCGGCUCCUGGCCAGAUCAAUCUAUAACGGGGAGGAGGACGUGCGCUUCGACAGCGACGUGGGGGAGUUCCGGCCGGUGACGGAGCUGGGGCGGCCCACCGCUGAGUACUGGAACCGCCAGAAGGACAUCUUGGAGCAGAAGCGGGCCGCGGUGGACACGGUGUGCAGACACAACUACCGGGUGGUUGAGAGCUUCAUGGUGCAGCGGCGAGUUGAGCCUACAGCGACUGUGUAUCCUACGAAGACCCAGCCCCUGCAGCACCACAACCUCCUGGUCUGCUCUGUGAAUGGUUUCUAUCCAGCCAUUGAAGUCAGGUGGUUUCGGAAUGGCCAGGAAGAGGAGGCUGGGGUCGUGUCCACAGGCCUGAUCCGGAAUGGAGACUGGACCUUCCAGACCCUGGUAAUGCUGGAGACAGUUCCUCAGAGUGGAGAGGUCUACACCUGCCAAGUGGAGCACCCAAGCUUGACGAGCCCUGUCACCGUGGAAUGGAGGGCACAGUCUGACUCUGCACAAAGCAAGAUGCUGAGUGGAAUUGGAGGCUUUGUUCUAGGUCUGCUCUUCCUCGUGGUGGGGCUGUUCAUCUACUUCAGGAAUCAGAAGGGUAAGGCACCUGUUGAUUUCCUAGAAAUCCAGAAAUCAACAUUCCACGGUUACUAUGUUGAAGUAUAA